AUGAACAAACUUAAACAAGAAACGGACGACAAGGCACAGUUGAAAAAAAGAAAGAAGAAGAAGCAUAACGUAAAUAAGCAAAAGAGAAACUAUGAGUCAGGUCGUGUAUCGUCGGGACUAGUUGCGGCCCUAAAAGCGCUUCGCCUUGACGGCAAAUCGAAGGCAAAGGCCAAGACUAAGAAGAAGAAAUCUAAGAAAUCCAAGCCAAAGGCCGUGGUACCGGAUGAUGUAGCGAGUACAUCAGAUCAGCCGACUUCGCAAAAAACUCACGACCACUACAGUAAUCUAGAAAUCGCGAUGUCUCAAGCUGAUAGAAGAAGGCAAAUGGAGAUAUUCAAGAAUCUACUCUCACGCGGUUUCAACCGCUGCUCAGCUCCUACAGAUCUUAGCGUGAUGUUUAUAGCCUAUAGCACUCAGGAAUAUUGAAGCUAUCUACCCGUGAAAGAAUUUUGGAAAUUCGACCAGCGGGUCCAAAUAUUACCCCCUACAUACAAACUUACAAAUUUUACGUCUUUAUAAUAUUGUAUAGAUCAAUUAUAUUUUACGUUACUAAUAGUAUUUGAGACUUUAUGUUAAUGGCGUGGAUUAAUAAAUAUAAG